AUGUCUGGCGGCCGAAAACCACGGCAUCACCGACACAGCCGUGAAGCCGUGAUAGCCGUGAUAGCCGAUGUCCAGUUGAUGAAUGAACAGAAGGCUGGUCGGUCGAUGGGAAUGUCCGCCAGAGCACGACGUAUGGGAGGCGUCGAGGGGAGAGUUGACCGCAACCGUGAGUCGGCGCUACGGCAAGCGUUCGAUGGGUCGCUGGGAGGGAGACAGCUGCCGCCAGCGCAUCCGCCGCACUUCAACGCUUCGCAGCGUCCGAGCGCGUAA